CGGCAGACUCGCAACAUGAAGCUCCUGAUCGUCCUGUGCCUCGCCGCUGUGGCCCUGGCCCGGCCCCAGGAUGAGAGGAACGCCGAGAUCAUCACCUACGAAAACGAGCUGAGGGAGGACCAGUCCUACGACUUCAACCUGGAAACCACCAACGGUAUUAUCCGCGAGGAGUCCGGCAUCUCGUACCCGGGUGCCGAGCCGGAGACCGGCAGCUACACCCAGUCGGGCAGCUUCGAGCACCCCCACCCGGACGGCUCGGUCACCUACCUGACCUUCAUCGCCGACGAGAACGGCUACCGGCCCGAGGGCGAUGCCAUCCCCGUGUCCAGCGGACGCGUCGACAUCCAGGACGUCUAGAGGAGCCUAGUCCGUGUGCUGUCCACUGAAGGUCAUCUGGAUGCGGUGGCGGGAAUGUGCUUUCACCAGUGCAACCAACUCCACGCAACUCAAAGAUGAUCUUUAAUACAAUCGCACACAAGAAUCUGGUCUUGCCCUCUGUGCAACGACUUCUGGUAGCCUUUCACUCAGCCAGCAUUGUACUAUCUCAUCAUUGUCUUCCGCUGCUCGUCAGCUGUUGACAUCUAUGCGCUUUUAUCUCAGGCCCCUGGGCCGAACCUUGUUCAUGCGUCCCGUUCUUUUAGGGAUGUGCUAUAUGUAGAUCAUGGUUAUAUUUCCGUUGUUUUUCAUAUGUGUUCGUGGAAUACAGCCUUUGUCUUCAA